AUACAAACCAUUCCUCCCCCUUGGCGAGCUCACUUCUUGCCGACCAGGCAUCGACCUCGACCAUAAUUUUUCUUGCCCCACUCUCCUUUUAACAUUUACUGUCAGCAAACCCGUCAAGAUGGGUGACGUCCUGGUAGAAGCCCCGGUCAACCACCUAUCGCCUGUCAAGAAGGCCGCAUCAUCAACGAUCCCUAGUAUUGAGAAUUUCGAAGGUGUCGGCACAGAUACAGGCGAUGAGUACGCAUCAUUGAAGAAGCUUCAACGGCAGCUGGAGUACAUCCAGCUGCAGGAGGAAUACAUCAAGGAUGAGCAGCGGAGUCUGAAAAGGGAGCUCGUCCGGGCCCAGGAGGAGAUCAAGAGGAUUCAGAGCGUGCCUCUGGUCAUCGGCCAAUUCAUGGAGGCUAUCGAUCAGAACACCGGUAUCGUGCAGUCUUCUACCGGCUCCAACUACGUCGUCCGCAUUUUGUCCACUCUCGAUCGCGAGCUGCUCAAGCCAUCGUCCUCCGUCGCCCUGCACCGACACUCGAAUGCGCUUGUCGAUAUCCUCCCCCCUGAGGCCGACUCGUCCAUUGCCAUGCUCGGCGCCGACGAGAAGCCCGAUGUGACGUAUGCGGACGUUGGUGGUCUGGAUAUGCAGAAGCAGGAGAUUCGUGAGGCCGUCGAGCUCCCCCUCACACACUUUGAUCUCUACAAACAGAUCGGCAUCGACCCUCCGCGUGGUGUGCUCCUCUAUGGUCCACCAGGUACUGGCAAGACCAUGCUGGUCAAAGCGGUGGCAAACAGCACAACGGCAAACUUCAUCCGUGUUGUGGGAUCGGAAUUCGUACAAAAGUACCUGGGUGAGGGACCACGCAUGGUGCGAGAUGUAUUCCGUAUGGCAAGAGAGAACUCGCCCGCCAUCAUCUUUAUUGACGAGAUUGACGCCAUCGCCACGAAGCGUUUCGAUGCCCAAACUGGUGCCGACCGUGAGGUGCAGCGUAUCUUGCUCGAGCUGCUCAACCAGAUGGAUGGCUUCGACCAGACCGCCAACGUGAAGGUCAUCAUGGCGACGAACCGUGCUGACACCCUUGACCCUGCACUGCUGCGACCUGGACGUCUGGACCGAAAGAUCGAGUUUCCCUCCUUGCGAGACCGCCGUGAGCGUCGCCUGAUCUUCACCACCAUCGCGGCCAAGAUGAGCCUUGCACCUGAGGUGGAUCUGGACUCGUUGAUUGUGCGGAAUGACCCCCUCAGUGGUGCUAUCAUUGCCGCAAUCAUGCAGGAGGCUGGCCUGCGUGCUGUGAGGAAGAACCGGUACAACAUCAUUCAGAGUGACCUCGAGGACGCAUAUUCGAGCCAGGUCAAGGGCACGAGUGACGAGAACAAGUUUGACUUCUACAAAUAAGCUGUUGGUUUUUUUGGUGGUGGGGAGAUUACGCGCCGCAUUUGAUCAAGCACAAGCUGUGCUUCUAUGCAUGACCAAUCAAAUAGAUGGGAAUAUUUGGCGUGCAGGAUGGGCCAGGACUUGUCAUUUUUCAAUGGGCUAUGGUAGACUGUCACAUCCCGCAGUGUAUAAUACGACAACAGCGUUCAUGAUG